AAAGUGAUUUUACGGAAUUGAAAAAUUGAAGGAAAAAUAUUUUUCAUCAUUUUUGAGGAAAAAAUAUUGAAGUUGUGGUGAGUGAAUAUUUUCCGUGUGAUAAAAAAAAAGUGAUACAUAAAGUGAUGAAAAUCCCUAUGGAUUAACGAGAGGAGAAAAAAUACAAUUUUCUUUCUGUGUAAACACGAGGAUCACAGUGGAAAGCCUGCGUGUCAUUACGCAUGAGGGUCCCAUGGCUACCGGAUUGGUGAAGUGGUGGCGAGCAAGAUUCCUCGCUGGGUACAAGCCCUUUUCCGUUGUGGGAGGAAUAGCGGAGGGAAGUGACUCUGAAGAGUUAUUAGCGGGGGGCGUUGGUACACCGUGCAACAGUUCACCACUGCCAGCAGCCACUGCACCUCUUCUCGUAACACCGGAAACACCACCAGUAACAGCUAACACUCCAGUAUCAACUCCCCAAGUUCAAGUCAAUCAGAAUGAUGAGCAACAGCAGACACUGCCCAAUACCACGAGGCAGCUCAGCUUCGAGGAAUUCGAGUGUGACGUGUCCGUGGCAGAGGGCAACCGCCGCCGGCAGGAGUUCUCCUUCACCCUGUACGACUUCGACGGUCACGGAAAGAUAACAAAAGAUGACAUUGCUGGCCUUGUAACGACUAUUUACGAUACCCUGGGUGCAUCAAUUCAGGUACCACCUUGUGGCAGUAAAACCAUCAAAGUCAAGCUAACAGUAUCGCCGGACAAAGGUACGGGCCAGGGUGUCACAAACAAUUCUACAAAUGCAAAAUCAACCAAUCUACCCUCUAGUACACCGUGCUGCCAUGUCAAGACUGUCAGUGCGUGCAGUCACGCAACGCACGCAAAUCGCAGACUUCCGAGAAGGAGGCGAGUGCCUCGUAAUCGGGCUGAGCCUGAACGUGUGAUGGAGUCACACAGUGAGGAGGACGCUGAUAAUGUCCCUCCCCUCAACACAACGAAGCAGGAGGAAUUGAGAAAACGAGUUGGACCAGUACCUCAUUUUCCAUCGCCUUACUCAAACAGUUCCGAGGGUGAUGUAAGCGAUGACAGUGAUGCAUCACCAACAAUUACACCUUUAACGCCGUUAGUUAAUAAUCACCGUAAACGCUCUGGGUCAAUGCAGAGACAACAGUUACUCGAGAUUAUACAGGCCAAUAUGGAGAAGAACAAUCUCAGUUUCCAUGCAUCUAGGAAACGACACCAAACCGAUCACCUCCGAGUGCCGCUGGAGCGUUCGUACACAGACCCAUCGUCCCCCUACACCCAGAGAAGUCGUCCCCCCUCAGCGCAGCGCCCCCCCCCAGCCUACCACAAGCCAGUGCGAGAAUACUCUCACCACUCGACGUCCCUCCCCAAGCUGACGGCCAAAUGUCGUGGGAAUCUCCGAAAAACGAGGAACCACCAGAGCACAACACCCCAGAGGAACGUCCCCCCAGCAGCUGGCAAAUCCCUGAGGAACAAUCUCCAGUCGAGUCCAGUGGUGAACCCCAACAUUCUGAAUCCCCAGGAGAAUCCCCAGAACAAUCAGGCCAAUGUCAAUCAGAUGAACAAUCAGAAGAACGACGUGGAGUUUGUGCAGCAGGGGAAGAGCAGCAAGAAGCACCAGCUGAAGCAUGCGACGAGGGAGCAAGACCAGGCCAGGGCUAUGGCACAGGUCGUUCGCUGGCUCGAGAGGGAAUUCUCACAGACUGCCGCUGCCAGCUCCACUGGCCGGAGGCAUGUCCACGAGCACAUCCAUCAUCAUUAUCACCAUUAUCAUGCUGAGGCACUUGUCUAAAUUUUUUUAAGGAGAUUGAAGAGGUGGAGAAGUGGAGAAAAUUGUUGCAAGUGGAGGGCAUCGGCUUUUUGGGAAUUAUCUCGACAGGGCGGGGGUUUACGGGAAAAUGGGAGAGGACAUUUUUUGGGGAGCAUUUCGUGGGCUACAAAAAAGGUCCUCAGACUUUUUUUCGUAAAUGCAGUGGUUUGGGAGGUAACUGGGAAUUUUGGGGAGCCGUUUUUUGGCGUUGGAGGCAUUUUUGGAAGUGAUGGGAGCUUUUAAUUUGGGGAUUAUCUCGGUAAUGGCGGGGUUUAGGGGAAAUUGUAAGAGGAGAUUUUUUGUGCAGGAUUUCGUAAGCUUGAAGAAAGGUCUUGGAAUGUUUUUUUGUAGAGCCAUUGGUUAAGGAGGUAAUUGAGGAAUUAGGAAAUGGUUUGGGGGAGGAGGGAUUUUGCAAGGUGAUAUGACGAGUUAAUUGGUUAGUUAUCUCGUUAAUGAGUGGGUUUGGGAGGAAAUGUUGGAACACAUUUUUUGGAGAGAAUUUUAUAAGCUCGGAAAAAUGUCUGAUGUCGUUUUGUCGCAAGUCCACUCUUUAACGAGAUAAUUGCCGAAAUAAUGGGACUAUUUUUCCACUUCUCUACCGAGUCAAUCAGCGUUGAAAUUUUCCAACUGUAUUCGACAGCAAAUCUUCAACUUCGAAGAUUUUCAAGAAUAAUCUUUUUACUUUACGGAAUUGGGAGAUGAAACAUCAAUUUUUCUUAAUCUUUUCCCUCAUUUUUUUGAUAAAUUAAUAAUUGAUGGAAAAAAGAUAAUUAAAUUAAUUUUUUUAUAAAUUUAGUCAUUUGCAGGACAAAUUAAAAGUUAAAUUUAGGCUUUUGUAAUUGACAACCCUUCACCUCGUGUCUCCCAAUUUCAAACUAUUGAAUUUAUAGACUGACUGAGAGGGCCUACGAACAAUUCUCCCCCCAAAAAGCUUAAAAAACCCACAACGUUUAAAUAACAAUUUUCCAAUAAUGCAAAACCGAAAUAAAAUCCAUUCGUAAGGUCUUCCUCGCCCUCACUCGUCCCCUCGCGACAAUAUUUUUGUACGUAGCCUCACGAUGAACAAAAAAUCGAAACAAAACAGAGUAUUAAUAAAUCUAUUUAGUAAUAAAUCCCCCACUAAUUACCCGAAGUAAGUUAAUUAAACGUUAAUUAUAAGAGGAACCCUGGGGAGUGGAUGAUAAUACCGAUGAUGAAAAAUAGAAGAUAUUUAAAUAAAUAAAAACUCCCAUUUUACUCUUCCAUUGAGCAAAACAAAGCCUGAUUUUGUUUAAUAAAAAAAGUAAAACAGAGGGAAAUGUAAUUUUGUAUUCGAAAAAAACUUUGUAACCGAUGUAGAUAUUUUUUAUCAUGUAACUCGAUUUUUUUUCUAUUGAUAUUUAUUAAAACACUUUUUUUAUACUGUAUACUAUUGCGUUGUCAAUCAAUCAAUCCUCACAAUUAAUCAAUUGAUGAAUCAAUCCCAUCCUCUCGAAAUGUCCCUCAAUCAUCU